AACGACCAGCAAGUGCCUGGCUACUUCCUCAUGCGGUAUUUUGUGUUGUUUUGUUUUAUUUUGUUCCUUUCGAGUUCAUUUUUUUAACGUGACAUUUUAUAACACGUCACUUAAACUCAUAGCUCAAAUUAAAACCUCCUCCACUUUUCCUCAAUGAGAAAGAAGCGAGACAGCCUCUUAUUUCAUUGGAAGCCGGCCGAAAAAUGAGUACAAGAAGAGGUGGGAAGCCCAACAGAGGAGGAGGGAAAUUUAACAAACCGAGAGGGAGAGGAGGUGGAGGUGGAGGAGGAGGAGGUGGAGGUAGAAAAGGAGAAAGUGGCCGCUGGGAUGAUGACGACGAUUUCACCCUUUGUUUUGGACCCCAGUGCCCAUCCAACAGAAACGCCAAAGCACAAAAUAGCGGCAGCCAUAUCAGGAAUGGCAAUCCUGGACGGGGUGGUGGAGCUGGAGACAAAUACAACCACACAAAGUCGGUUCUUCCCAAACCCUUGGCAAAGAACCGGACAUACGCCAAGGCGAGCGACAGCAGGAUGCACGAAGCCAGCAGCAUGCCUAUGCAGAAGAUUUUUAUGACCAACAAGAACCAAGAACUCGUCAAGGACCUGCUGUGGGACCUGAGGACCGGCAACUUGGACGAGCACGCUGACACCGGUUUGAAUGAUGAGGAGGAGGAAGCAGAAGAAUACGAUGAGAUGGACCAUCGUGAUGAAGGCCAGUUUUGGACCACCACCGACGAGCCUGUGGAGAGAGCGGCGAGCCCGGAAGAGUACGAGUCUGACCAUGAACGUCCCCCAGUCGAACCUGUCGUCUCCUUCUUUGCUAUCGGCAAACUCAGCAGGUAUGGCUUUGACCGCGAACGCAGCAAGCAGGCACUGGAGUCCUGCGGAGGAGAUUUCGGCAUUACAUUGGAGCAGCUACUUAACGAGGUUUACACUGAGCGCUACGGACAGGAAGCGGUUUCCAACGCGGGCCCCUCCGCCACGCCCAUCGACGAGUGCCUGAACCAGAGGCAGGAGGAAGCCCUGGCGCUGGCUGCCAUUUUUGGGGACCGUUUCCAGGAGCGCAUAACCAAUUCAGUGUGGGUCAUAACCUUGGAGACCCCAUUCCUCACAAACAAGAUAGAAAAAAACUACAGCGAGAAGUCUUCGAAAACAGUCUGCCAGUUCUACUUGAAAGGAAACACCUGUAGGUACGGCAGCAAAUGCAAGUUCAAGCACCAAGCUCCCGAUAAAGGCUCAUCUGACCAAUAUGGACCAGCUCAGACCGAGAUCAGCAGUUAUUCUCCCCCGGAAUACGAACUGGAGAUCCGUUUUCCCAAAGGGAACAGCUAUCCGUCUCAAGCACCGGUCGUGGCCUACAGCACCAACGACGAGUCGGUCGGCGCCGCCGGGAGGCUCAGCGUGACCGAAAGGUUAUUUGGGGAAGCGCUGAUGGCCGCCCACAACAAAGAACCUGUGGUUUACACUCUGGUCAGCGUGUGCGAGGACGAGACCACCAUGAAGGAGCUGCUGGGCGUCGCGCAUCAUAAAUACAGCAAGCCACCGCCCGUUGUGGUUCCCCCUGCCUCGGUUGCCCCGGCGAAGCGGAAGGUCGGGACCAGCAAGGCUUUGGUGGAAAGCGUCUGUCCCAGCAGAAGGACCACACCGCCAGUAGACCGUGAGGACACUAUUCCGAGAAGCAAAUACAAUGGAAGCAGCAGGGGACCUAAAAUUCAACCCUGUGGGGCCGGAGAAGCAGAUGGGCCAGAAGAAGACAACGAAGUCGCCGCCGUCCUCGUCGAGAACGUCAGCUCCGUCAACCUGAGGAAGAGGGUGACCAAUAAUUCCAAUCAGCUGCAAGAGAAUGGCAAGCUGUGCAGGGACUUCGCCAAGAAACAGUCCUCCAAAAGCUUCAGGUCAAUGCUGGAGCAGAGGACGAAGCUGCCGGCUUGGGAUGAAAGAUACAACAUUCUGGAACUGCUGGAAAGCUGUCAAGUUUUGGUCGUCAGCGGUAUGACGGGGUGCGGUAAGACCACUCAGAUCCCCCAGUUCAUUCUGGACGCUUCCUUGGCCGGUCCGGCCGAUAAGGUGGCCAACAUCGUCUGCACUCAGCCGCGACGAAUCUCCGCCACCUCGGUGGCCAGGCGGGUGGCGCAGGAACGCGGCGAGAGUCUCGGGCGCUCCGUGGGCUACCAGAUUCGCCUGGAGAGUGUCAGGUCGUCUGCCACCAGGCUGCUUUACUGCACCACAGGAGUGUUGCUGAGAAGAUUGCAGAGCGACGCGGACCUUCAAGACGUCACCCACGUCAUCGUGGAUGAGGUGCACGAGCGCACGGACGAGAGUGACUUCCUCCUUUUGGUCCUCAAAGACCUGAUUCUUCAGAGAACUGACUUGAAGAUUAUCCUCAUGAGCGCCACACUGAAUGCCAACCUCUUCUCGGAAUAUUUCUACGACUGUCCUACUGUUCACAUACCUGGUCACACUUUCCCCGUGACUCAGCUCUUCCUGGAGGACGCCAUCUCUUUGACCCGCUACGUGGUGGAGGACGGGAGCCCUUACGUGCGCUCAAGCCGGCAAAACUCCUCCGCCGCCAGUCGGCAGGGUGGAAGGGGAGCGCCAAAGGGCAUCGUGGACACCUUGGGGGAGGACAUGUGGAACUUCAUGUCUUUCACUAAAAAGGACUUUGUCAAGGACUCGGUGCCCGACCAGCAGCUCAGCUUGCAGGAACUUACGGUUAGAUUCAAAGGUUGUAAAGCGUCUGUGCUGAAGACCAUUGCCGCGAUGGACCUGGACAAGAUCAAUAUGGACCUGAUAGAAAGUCUGCUGGAGUGGAUUGUGGAUGGAAAGCACAGUUACCCCCCAGGUGCCGUGCUGGUGUUUCUUCCCGGCCUCGCCGAGAUCAAGAUGCUUUUUGAGCAGCUGCAGUCAAACAGGAUGUUCAGCAACAGGCGCACCGACAGAUGCGUGGUGUACCCGCUCCACUCCAGUAUGUCCAACGAGGAGCAGCAGGCCGUCUUCAACCGCCCGCCCGAGGGCGUCACCAAGAUCAUCAUCUCCACCAACAUCGCCGAGACCUCGGUCACCAUCGACGACGUGGUGUACGUCGUCGACUGCGGCAAGAUGAAGGAGAAAAGCUACGACGCGUCCAAAAGCAUGGAGAGCCUGGACGAGUCGUGGGUUUCACGGGCCAACGCGCUGCAGAGGAAGGGCCGGGCGGGCCGCGUGGCCUCCGGGGUCUGCUUCCACCUUUUCACCAGCCACUGCUUCCGACACCAGCUGGCCGAGCAACAGAUUCCCCAGAUCCAGAGAGUUCCCCUGGAGCAGCUCUGCCUCCGCAUCAAGAUCCUGGACGUGUUCGCCGAGCAACCGCUGGAGGACGUCUUCCGUUGCCUCAUCGAGCCGCCGGCCACGGGCAGCUUGGAGGCGGCCGAGCGGCGCCUGCAGGACCUCGGCGCCCUGACGGCAGAGGAGAAGCUCACUCCGCUGGGCUACCACCUGGCCCGCCUGCCCGUCGACGUACGCGUCGGCAAGCUCAUGCUGUUUGGCGCCAUCUUCCGCUGCCUCGACCCGGCGCUCACCAUCGCUGCCAGUCUCGCCUUCAAAUCACCUUUUGUGUCACCGUGGGGCAAGCAGGAGGAGGCCAACUUGAAGAAACUGGCCUUUGCCGUGGCCAGGAGUGACCACCUGGCUCUGCUGCAGGCUUACAAGGGUUGGUGCAGCGCUAAAAAGGCAACCAAAGCGUCUGGCCACCGUUAUUGCCAGGAGAACUUCCUGUCCGGGCGGGUUCUGCAGGAAAUCGCUUGCGUCAAGCGGCAGUUUGCCGAGCUGCUUUCCGACAUCGGCUUCAUCAAAGAGGGGCUGAGGUCCAGGGACAUCGAGCGACUCAGCUCCAAAGGCUCCGACGGUGUUCUGGAGGCUACGGGCCCCGAGGCGAACCUCAAUGCGGAGAACAUGGACCUCAUGUCUGCCAUGCUGUGUGCUGCCCUCUAUCCCAAUGUGGUGCAGGUCAAAGCCCCUCAAGACGUUUACAAGAUGAGCAUCAAAGGAGCGGUGAAGAUGCACCCCAACGAGCUGCACUUCCUGACUAAGAGCGACGGCUGCGUCCACGUUCACCCCUCGUCCGUCAACUACUCCUUCCGCCAGUACGCCAGCCCCUACCUGGUGUACUUGGAGAAGGUGAAAACCAGCCGGGUCUUCAUCCGGGACUGCAGCAUGGUGUCCGUGUACGCUUUGGUGCUGUUCGGAGGCGGGGAGAUCAACGUAGACAUGCACAAGGGCCAGUUUGUCAUCUCCCUGGACGACGGAUGGAUUCGAUUCGCUGCCGAUUCUCACCAGGUGGCAGAGCUGAUAAAGGAGCUGCGCCUGGAGCUGGACCGCCUGCUGGAGGAUAAAAUCCGGAACCCCAGCAUGGACCUGUGCAGCUGCCCCCGCGGCUCCCGCAUCAUCCACAUGAUUGUCAACCUCGUGUCCACUCAGUAACCCUCUCCAAAGCAUUCUCACCUUUUUUCCAUCUCAUGGAAGAAAAAAAGAAAUCCAUCGUUCUUUACAAACGUUUUGGGUCCCGACAGUAUUUUUUUUUUAAUAGAUUUAUGCUGCUAUGUCGCCAUGGUAACUUCCAUUGUAAAA